AUGCCGUACCAAAUCACUCACCCUGACGCCUGUCAAUCAUCAGGAUUAACAUGUCCAUUGACUAAGGAUGAUGGUCCAUAUAAUUAUACAACAACGUUACCCAUUUCAAAAAAAUUUCCCAGGAUCAAGCUUGACGUGAAAUGGGAACUCAAUGAUGAAAACGACAAAAACAUCGUCUGUGUGUUGAUACCUACUCGAAUCAAAUAA